AUGACAACUCAAAGCCGGAUUUUGAUUAAAGGAGGGAAGGUGGUAAAUGAGGAUUUCUCGGAGAUGACAGACGUGUAUAUUGAAGAUGGAGUUAUUAGUGCAGUUGGCUCAGAUCUGCAGGUAGCAGCUGGCACACGGGUCAUCGAUGCCACAGACAGACUCGUGCUGCCGGGUGGAAUAGACACUCGCACACACAUGGAGCUGUCAUUCAUGGGCACCACAGCUGUGGAUGACUUUCAUAACGGUACCAAGGCCGCAGUCGCAGGAGGCACGACCAUGAUCCUGGACUUUGUCAUCCCACAGAAGGGGUGUUCAUUCUUGGAAGCCUAUGAGCAGCGGAGAACAACGGCUGAUCCCAAAGUCUGCUGUGAUUACUCCCUUCAUAUGGCAGUAACCUGGUGGGAUGACACUGUCAAGAAGGAAAUGGAGACUCUUGUUCGUGACAAAGGUGUCAACUCUUUUAAAAUGUUCAUGGCAUACAAAGACGUCUUCAUGCUACGUGACAAUGAGCUCUAUGCAGUAUUUGCCCAGUGUAAAGAGAUCGGAGCAAUAGCUCAAGUCCAUGCAGAGAAUGGAGACCUUAUUGCAGAGGGUGCAAAGCGUAUGCUCUCUCUGGGCAUCACGGGUCCUGAGGGCCAUGAGAUGUGUCGUCCGGAGGAAGUGGAGGCUGAGGCCACACAGCGCGCCAUCACUAUUGCACAUGCCGCUAACUGCCCACUCUAUGUAGUGCACGUCAUGAGCAAAUCUGCAGCGAAGGUGGUGGCUAAUGCUCGCAGAAAUGGUCGAGUGGUGUUUGGAGAGCCCAUUGCGGCUGGACUGGGCACAGAUGGCAUUAACUAUUGGCAUAAGGAUUGGGCUCAUGCUGCUGGUUUUGUCAUGGGCCCACCUUUGAGACCAGACUCCAGUACCCCUGGAUAUCUGAUGGACCUGCUGGCCAAUGAUGAUCUAAGCGUGGCAGGAACAGAUAACUGCACAUUCUCAGUGUGCCAGAAAGCCCUUGGGAAAGACGACUUUACCAAAAUCCCAAACGGAGUCAGUGGUGUUGAAGAUAGGAUGUCUGUUAUAUGGGAAAAGGGAGUGGUCGGUCGUGGAAAAAUGGAUGAAAACCGGUUUGUAGCUGUCACCAGUACUAACGCAGCAAAAAUCUUCAACCUUUAUUCUCGAAAAGGGAGAAUUGCUAAAGGCUCUGAUGCAGACCUGGUCAUAUGGGACCCAGAGGCCACCAGGGUGAUUUCAGCAAAGACUCACCACCAGGCUGUGGACUAUAACAUUUUUGAGGGAAUGCUGUGUAAUGGGCUUCCAGUGGUCACAAUCUCCAGGGGGAAGGUGGUUUAUGAAAACGGGCAACUGUUCACAAAACUGGGCAUGGGACGAUACAUCCCACGGAAACCCUUUUCUGAAUUUGUGUAUAACAGAAUUAAUCAGCGGGAAAAAGUAGGACAAGUUUGGGCUCUGCUCUAA